AUGGAGAAAGGAGGCGGUCUUGUUCAGAUGUAUGAGAAAUGGCUUGAUUGUGUUGAGGACAGCCGGUCUCUUUCCCUCUCCCUCUAUCCCUCCUGUGGCUGCCUCACAGCAAGGUCAAUGGCAUUGGACUGCUUGCCCAAUGAUGGUGGCGGGAUGGAUGGUUGGUUGGAUCAGUACGAGAACAUAGCGGCUCAUACCCAGAAGGGAAUAGAAUUCUUGGAGAAGUUGGGUGGCUUCAUCAGAGAGAGAUGUGCCGUGGAGACGGACUACGCCGCGAAACUCAGGCGGUUGGUGAAGAAAUAUCAGCCCAACAAGAAGGAGGAGGAAGAUCUUCAGUUCUCGUCAUGCCGAGCAUUUCGUGGAGUUCUCGGUGAAGUCGGAGAUCUGGCGGGUCAGCAUGAAGUUAUCGCAGAGAAUCUCUCGUCCUCUGUGGCUCAAAAUGUCGCUUCCCUCGUCAAAAGCUUCAAGGAAGAACGGAAAAAGGAUCCACACCCCUACUUUGUGCCAUUUCCAUUCCACUUCAGUUACCUGGCCCUUUCCCUUGAUAUGCAUGCAGCUCGCCUCAUGAGCUUUUUCUAUUCCCAUUAUCCCUUUCUCAUUCGCUCAACACCUGCCGCCUUGAAAGUGGCUCUUCGACAAGGAGGAUUUAGGAGAGCCUACUCACUGUUGCAGAGCUUGCAAGAAGGGGCACGGCUGCAGGCAGUCCUUCAAGCUCAACAAGCUGCUUUGGAGAGGAGCAAGAAGGCAUAUGAGAAGGCGUUCAAGGAAGCAGAGAAAGCGAGUGAAAACUUUCAAAAAGCUGAUGCAGAUCUCAAUCUGAGUAGAGCCGAGGUAGAGAAGCAUCGCAUAUUAUUCUCGAGGAAGACCCAGGAAUCCGAGGAUACCAAGAAUGAAUAUGCGAGUCAACUCCAACGAACGAAUGAACUCCAGCAUCAACAUUUCGCGAUCCUGAUGCCAUCUAUCUUCAGCCAGUUACAAGAGAUCGACGAGAAGAGGACAGCCAGUGUUAAGACAUACCUAAAGAAGAGCGUGGAGGUGGAGAAGGCAGUGUUCCCUAUCAUCGACAAGUGCCUCGAAGGGAUCAUAAAAGCUGCUGACUCCAUCAAUGAAGUCGAGGAUUCAAAGUUGGUCGUCGAGAGGUAUAAGUCUGGGUUUACACCCCCCGAAGACAUUCCAUUUGAGGACCUGAGUGCUAUGAAAAAUGGAGAGUAUCAAUCAGCUUCAGAAUCUAAUUCUCAAGAGAAGAUCAACAUGUCUGGUAAUUCAGAGAAGAAGAGUGGCCGCACCCUUCGAGGUACCCUCAGUGCCACGCGCAUGAAGAAGCGAGGGGGCAUCUUUGGCAUUUUUGGAUCCGCCAAGAACCAUUACAAUUCUGUAUGUGACCAAAAGGAGGAUUGGGCAGAUCUGCCUCCAAACCAGAGGAAGAAGAAGAUUCAACAGAGGAUAGAUGAAUUGACAGCAAAGAUCCAACAGGAAACAGCAGCCAGGGAUGGGAUUUUGAAGAUGAAGGAGGUAUAUGAGUCCAAUCCAGCCAUGGGUGAUUCAGCUUCCCUGACAGGAGAACUAGCACACCAUGGAAAGAAGAUAGAUUUUUUGCGACAUGAGCUCCAGCAGUAUCAGACUAUGUUGGAUGAAGUCCCAUUCCCAAGCAACCAGCCCCCUUCACGUAAUCCCAGCACAAGGCUCACAAAUCAUAUCAAUGGCCGAACUCAUCAAUCUGACCGUCACAGCCUUUCAGAUCAGGAAUCUCUGAGUAGAAGUGCUUCAGAUUCAUCUGUCUCUAAUCCUGCCUCUUCCAAUCAAAAUCCAUCUAAUUCCAAUCAAACCUCCCUUCAUGGGUCAAACAACAGUCGAGAAUCAGGGCUGGGAACUAGUCACAUGUCCAUCCCUGACUCUGACCCUGAUGCUCCUCAAGAGGAAGAUGAGAUCGACUUCUAUGAAGAUCCUAACCCCCUCCCUGUCCUGGGAACUGGGAGAGCCCUGUAUCAGUUUGAUGCUUUGAGUGAGGGUUCAAUCCCAAUGCAUGCUGGAGAAACUGUCCACAUUGUUGAAGUUGAUCAAGGUGAUGGCUGGACACGUGUGAGGAGAAUGGACAAAUCUGAAGAAGGUUUUGUUCCCACAUCCUACAUGGAGAUCUCUCUUUACACAACAUGCUGAGCCACCUGUUUUUUGCAUCAUGGUCAGGAUCUGCUGCCCAGUCAGUACUCCCAUGUGUCAGAAACUCCCUGGGAUUCUGUCAUAAAUCUGCUCUGCCAUAGGCAAGAUCAGAGGGAGCUACUUAAAAGGAAAGACAGAAAGAAGGAAACUGAGGUAUUCCUAUAGCCACUCUGUCCUCAAAAGGCAAAGAAAAAAAGACAGCUGAGGACAGGCGUCUGAAUUUGUGCCUGCCUUCAUGCAAAUGGUUCAGAAAUGUUAUGCACUUUACUGUUAUCUGGUCUCUGGUGAAACUGAUUCCAGUCUCCCUUAAUAUGUACCCCAUCAUCAUUGACCCCAUUUGGUUC